AUGGCUCCGAUGACACCCAGUACAGCUGCCAUGGAGGACGAUGUCCUCCCGUUUGCUGUCCUUGAGCUGGAGGAAUAUUGCCACUGGCACCACCGUGAAGAGGAGCGCGACAGACCCCAGACACAGCACGAUGCUUGCUUCAAGCACGGCUAUGGUGGAGUUCAAAAUGUACAUUUACCUCAGGACAUUUUGCUGAAAUUAGCGGAACCACACUCAUGCACCGAGGCGUUUGGCCACCAACUACAGAAAGCCAGAAGUCCCUCUUGCCUCAGACUAUCGUCCGUUGCCCCCUUUCCUCCAAGAGGAGCUGGACAUUCCAACGAUCGUCAGGAGAAAGCACAUGUAUGCAGCAAUGGAGUAUAUCAGUGGCCAGGUCCCGCUAACUUGGUCAAGUCGAUUUCUUGCGCCUGCUGCCGGCUCUCUUCCUUUGAUGUCCGAGAGACCUUGUAUUUACGAAGGUCCGCUGCACGAGUGACAGGCUGGUUUUGUAACAUUUGCAAUGUCUUACCGGCGCGAGUGACAGCAGUCAGACCUGUAGACAUGCGCACUUCGGUGGUUCUUGCUGUCACUUUGUCUACCUCACCAUGCCUUGGGGAAGACCCGCAGCCCUCCUCGCCGCGGUACACCACCAUGCACUACUUUCUCAUGGGGCUCAGCGUCCUCCUCUUUGCCGCCCUCGUCGCUGGUGUCGUCCUGCUUCUAAGGGAGGAAAUGCUCCGCAGGAGAAGAGCGCCCUGGUCUGAGAGGAGAACCAUUAUCAAUGUGCGGCCUCGGACGGAAAAAACGCCCGGCGUCCAUAGGAACGGAAGUGUUGCUAUGGAAGACAUAAGCGUCGAUGGCGGGACGCGAUCCCCUCCAGCACUGGAACCUGGCGACAGAUGAGGAGCUGCGGGAAUUUUGUUGGCAGUCAGUGUGCACAAUGGCCAGGGAACUGUGUACAAAGAACGAUAACUUUAGUCUACACAAAUCUCGUUUGCCUCGGAGUGGCGUCCCUUUACUUUCUGUAGCAGCCAGAGGCCCCGACCUCCAUUUGACACGUUAACUGUGUUAUCAACACCAGAUGGUGGGUAGGAAACAGAGGAGUAAGGGCAAAGGGACAACCAUUCCCUCAUAAAAAGAUAUUGUGGAGGCGAGAAUGUGAACAUCUCUCACUGUCAGCCCCUCGAAGGCUGACCAUCUCCCUACGCCGCUGCCAGAGUGAAGGAAAUUUGGAUAACUGUAGUAACACUUUCUGCUUUGGUGAAAUUUCCAGUUACUUUACUUAUCUUGAGUAAUCUAUUAAACUUUAUUGAGUUAACCUAUUAAAGAUCAUGUGAGGAA